CAUAUCCAUAGCUCGAGUUGGAUCCAUGUUAUGAUAACGUUGAGUACCUGCAGGUACCCAUUGUCGCUGUCUGCAGCUUGCGCCUCUAUUCCUGACGAUAUCUUAUUGGGAGGCGUGUUGGCAAGCUCCACCGCGCAUAACGUAGCCCACCAUGUCUCUGUUCGGCGAUGACGACGUGCCGGCGCGCGCGAAACAGUCGUCCUCGCUCUUCGACGACGACGCGAAGCCUGCAGCCCGAGGCGGGAACAGCCUGUUCGCUGACGAGUUGGACAGCGGUGACUCACCCUGGGCGUUUCCGUCGUCCAAGAAAGCUGGCCGCGGGGCCCUGGUCAAGUCGCUCCUUCCUGCUGAGGACGUGCCCGACUCGUACGUCGAUGCCUUUGACGCUCUGCUAGACGCCGGCGACCGCACGGGCAACGGAAUCAGCAUCGACGGCGCAAAGAAGCUCCUGGGCGACAGCGGACUGCCGAGCGACACGCAAUCCAAGAUCCUCGAGAUUGUGUCGCAGCCGGACCAGGACGGGACGGGAUUGGGCAGGAGCGAGUUCAACGUGCUGUUCGCGCUGAUUGGGCUGGCGCAAGAGGGCGACGACGUGACGCUGGACAGUGUCGACGAGCGCAAGAGGAAUCUCCCCGUGCCCUCGGUAUCGCUGCCACAGCCCGCGAGGCAAAAGACGCCCCCGCCGCAAGAAAUGCCGCCGCCUACCCCUCCCGCGCAGCAGCAGCAGCCUCCUGCGCAGGAGACGCCCGCCCCAGAGAGGACGCGUGCCCUGCGCAAGCCGUCGUUUGGCGACCCGGAGGCGGAUCCUUGGGGCAGUCCGGACCUGCACAGAGGACACAGCCACGCGAGCUACACGACUGUCCCACCGCAGACGAACGGCGCGACCCUGCCCUCGACCACGCGGACGACAAGCCAGUUCACGACGCAGACGUCCGCCUCGGCGUCGAACCCAGAGCCCAUUCAGCCAAGCUCUCUGGGCAGCGAGGGCGGCUGGGGCGGCUACAACGGCUCGUCCAAUCCGCCAUUCCCCGCGCCUGCGCUCGGCGAUGGAGGGUUUGGCGCACCUGCAGCUAGCGAGACUCCCAACGUCACCUCUGGAAUGGGCAGGUUCAUCGGCCGAGGAAACUCUGCAAGCACCGGGGUCGAGGAGACCAUCACCAUCACCGCGCUUUCCGAGAAGGAGGGCAUGUUCAUGUUUCAGCAUCGCAACUACGAGGUCGUCAGCUCGCGGCGCCCUGGCACUAAGGUUGUCCGUCGGUACAGCGAUUUCGUAUGGUUGUUGGAUUGCCUGCACAAGCGCUAUCCCUUCCGACAGCUGCCGUUGCUGCCUCCAAAGAGAGUCGCCAUCAACGGCACACCUAUAGCCUCGGACGCUGGCUUUCUCGAGAAGAGAAGAAGGGGGCUUGUGCGCUUCACGAAUGCGCUUGUACGACACCCCACUUUCAGAGAGGAGCAGCUCGUCGUCAUGUUCUUGACCGUGCCCACCGAACUCGCAGUAUGGCGCAAACAAGCCAAUCUCUCGACCCAGGAAGAAUUCACCGGCAAACCCCUGCCCCCAGACCUCGAAGACUCGCUCCCCAAGACGCUCACCGAAACCUUCGACACGGUACGCUCCGGUGUUCGCCGCAGCGCAGAAACAUACAUCAACCUCUGCUCCAUGAUGGAGCGGCUCACACGGCGCAACGAAGGCAUGGCCGCCGAAAACCUCCGCUUCUCCGCCGCCCUGACCUCCCUGACCGAAUCCUCCCUCGACACAUACGCAGUCGACACCAACGACGUGCCCCUGCUCAACGAAGGCCUCAACGCUACGGCGAGACACUUGGACCAGAGCAGGCAGCUGCUGGAAGACGAGGCGCGGGGGUGGGAGGAGGGCGUGCUGGAAGAUCUGAAGACGCAGCGAGACGCGCUCGUCAGUCUAAGAGACAUGUUCGACCGCAGAGACAAGUACGCAAAGGACAAUAUCCCCGCGCUGGAACGCAGAAUCGUAAACAACGAGACCAAGUUGCAGAAUAUUCGGAAUAAGCCCCAGGAGACACUCAAGCCGGGCGAGGCGGAGAAGGUCGAGGAGGCUAUCUUCAAGGACAAAUCUUCUAUCGUUGCUCAACAUGCGCGGGGCGUGUUUAUUAAAGAGUGUAUUCGUGAUGAGCUGGUUUUCUUUCAGAGGAGCCAGUAUCAUGUUAGUCGGUUGCAUCAGGAGUGGGCGCAGGAGAGGGUUAAGUAUGCGGAGUUGCAGGCGGAUUGCUGGAGGGCGCUGGUUGAGGAGGUGGAGGGUAUGCCUGGGUCGGAUUAGUGGUAGGAAGAUGCAGGCGUUACGUGUUGGAGAGGUGGCGUUGGCAUAGAUGCAGUCGCAGAUGGAGAUGGAGAUGGAGGUGUAAUUGGAAGAACAAGAUGGUAGGGUUGAAGAGGAGAGGUGGACUGUUGGUUGGGGGGUUUUGUUUUUUAUAACCGUAUCUUGAUGAGCAUUUUGGUUUGGGCUAGCUAUUGAUCUUUCUAUCGAUGAAUGAGGAGUCUUGCUGGGGCGCUGCGCACUGGGCUGGACUUGGGUAUGGUGCGAGCGGAUGUAUUGUACCACCGUCAUGUACAGGUAGGAGCGAAGUGCUGCCUU